AUGUCUACAGAUGAAGUAGAGGAACUAGAGGGACAAAAAGACCAGGAAGUGAAAGAUAAGGGAGAAGAUAAAGAUAAAGUUAUUGUUCCACCCUCUCCUUAUAAACCACCAAUUCCAUACCCGCAAAGACUUAAACAUACCAAAAUUGAUAACCAAUAUAAAAAGUUUAUAAAGAUGAUCGAGAAAUUCCACGUAGAAAUCCCAUUCACCAAAGUCAUCACCCAGAUACCAUCUUAUGCUGAAUUCCUUAAAGAAAUCUUGACCAACAAACGUAGGCUUGAUGAUCCCAAACCUUUAGAGUGCAACUCCAUUGCUGAGAAUAAACUUUCUAAGAAGGAGAAAUAUCUCGGAAGCUUUUCCAUACCUUGUAUUUUAGGGAAUCAUGUUAUAGAUAAAGCAUUCCUAGACUUGGGAGCAAGCGUAAGCUUAAUGCCUUUAGCAGUUUAUAGAAGGUUAAACCUAGGAGAAUUGCAACCGACUAAGAUAUCUCUUCAAUUAGUCGACAGAUCUGUAAAAUAUCCAAUAGGAAUAUUAGAAGACAUUCCAGUUAGAAUCGGCCAACUUUAUAUCCCAACAGAUUUCGUGGUAAUGGACAUUAAAGAAGACGACGAAAUCCCAAUCCUCCUUGGUAGACCUUUCUUAUCAAUAGCGGGAGCCAUAAUAGAUGUUAAAAGAGGAAAAUUAACUUUUGAAGUAGGUGAUGAAAAGAUAGAAUUUAUACUUUCCAAAUUCCUAAUGGCACCCGUCAUAGAAGACUCAUGUUAUGCCAUCGAUAUCAUUGAUGAAUGCAUAAGGGAGCUAGAUCAAGAAGGACCUCCCGAGAAAAUGAAAUUUCCCUCAACUCCCAUAAGAGGAGACGACAUAUUUGGAAUUAAGCCUUACAUGGAUGACAACCUUCAUGAAUGCUUAGCACUUACCCCGAACCAUAUGCCAUGUCCUAAGAAACCAUCUAUAGAACUUAAGGAACUACCCAAGAAUCUAAGAUAUGAGUUUUUAGAUGAAGAACUAAAUCACCCUGUUAUAGUGAGGGCCACCUUGAAAGAAGAUGAAACGAAUCAACUUUUAGAUAUCUUGCAAAAGUAUCCCUUAACUUUAGGAUAUAACAUAUUUGAUCUCAAAGGGAUAAGCCCAUCCGUGUGCAUGCACCGAAUCUUGCUGGAGGAAGAUUCUAAACCUUCUAGAGAACAUCAACGAAGGAUAAACCCUAUAAUGAGCGAUGUGGUUAAGAAAGAAGUACUAAAACUACUAGAGGCUGGUAUAAUUUAUCAAAUUUCAGAUAGUAAGUGGGUGAGCCCUAUACAUGUGGUACCUAAAAAAGGAGGUGCCACUGUUGUGGAAAAUGAGAAAGGCAAGCAUGUAGCUAAGCGUGUGGAAAACGGUUGGCUCUCUGAAAAAGGCAUUGAGGUUGAUAAAGCCAAAAUAGAGGUUAUAGAAAACCUCAAACCACCUAAGACCAUUAAGGAAGUCCGAAUCUUUUUUGGACACGCCGGUUUCUGUCGACGCUUUAUUAAAGACUUCUCUAGAAUAACCAAACCUCUGACUAGCCUUCUAAUGAAAGAUAUCGAGUUUAUUUUUGACGAAAAAUGUAUUGAAGCAUUCAACCUUUUGAAACAAGCACUGAUUUCUGCACCUAUUAUGCAACCUCCGGAUUGGGACCAACCUUUCGAAAUCAUGUGUGAUGCUAGCGAUUACGCUGUUGGUGCUGUUCUAUGGCAAAGAAAAGACAAGAAAUUACAUGUAAUUUACUAUGCCAGUAGAACCCUAGAUGCCGCCCAACUUAACUAUGCAACAAUCGAGAAAGAACUCCUCCCUGUUGUUUUUGCUAUUGAUAAAUUUUGA